AUGGAGCAAAAUUUACCAAUAGUGGCCAAGAAAAUCUGGAAAAUGGUCCAAGUAAUUUAUUUCAUGCUGAGAAAAGGCAUCUCAAAGGGGAAAUUGCUCUCCGCCCUUAACGCCAUGAUGAGGCGCGGCAAGAUCGCCGGCAGAGAGGCCAUCCACAGCCUCGUUUCCCACCACCACACGGCCGCCUCCGGCCGCCGCGACUACGAGUUUACCUGCGGCGGGAGCCCCUCCCACCGGGCGUUCCACCUCCCCUUCAGCCUUCACAGGCGCAGAAACUCCGGCGGCCACCCGCCGGCGCCGAUCUCCGAGGAGGAACUGAUGGCGGCCGCCGUGGAGAUGGCGGUGAGCGCGGCGGCGUCGCCGGCGCUGCCCGGGUUCGGGCCGAGCCCGAUGGUGAGGCGGCUGAGGGUGACGGACUCGCCCUUCCCGUUGGGGGGCGUGGAGGAGGAGAACUGCCACGUGGACGAGGCGGCGGAGGAGUUCAUUAUGAAGUUCUAUAGGGAUUUGAGGCACCAAAAUUCCGUGGCGUGUCUGAGUUAUUAUUCUUAA